AUGGCCACGGACGGUGGCUUUGGCACGGCCGGCAGCAGCGAUGCCCAGCAGAGCCUGCAGUUUUGGCCACGGGUGAUGGAGGAAAUCAGGAACCUCACCGUGAAAGAUUUCAGAGUUCAGGAGCUGCCCUUGGCUCGGAUUAAGAAAAUCAUGAAACUGGAUGAAGAUGUGAAGAUGAUCAGUGCAGAGGCCCCCGUGCUCUUUGCCAAGGCUGCUCAGAUUUUCAUCACUGAGCUCACCCUGCGAGCCUGGAUCCACACAGAGGACAACAAACGCAGGACCCUGCAGAGGAAUGACAUUGCCAUGGCAAUUACAAAAUUCGAUCAAUUCGAUUUCCUGAUUGAUAUUGUCCCCAGGGAUGAGCUGAAGCCUCCAAAAAGGCAGGAGGAGGUGCGCCAGGCUGUCACCCCCGCCGAGCCCGUGCAAUAUUAUUUCACCCUGGCCCAGCAGCCAGCAGCUGUGCAGGUGCAGGGCCAGCAGCAGGGCCAGCAAACCACCACGGCCACCACCACCAUCCAACCUGGCCAAAUCAUCAUUGCCCAGCCCCAGCAGGGCCAGACCACCCCUGUGACAAUGCAGGUGGGAGAGGGGCAGCAAGUCCAGAUCGUGCAGGCUCAGCCCCAGGGCCAGAGCCAGCAGGCUCAGAGCAGCACAGGACAAACCAUGCAAGUGAUGCAGCAAAUCAUCACCAACACGGGGGAAAUCCAGCAAAUCCCGGUGCAGUUGAAUGCUGGCCAGCUGCAGUAUAUCCGCUUAGCCCAACCCGUGUCAGGCACCCAGGUAGUCCAGGGGCAGAUCCAGACGCUUGCAGCCAAUGCCCAGCAGAUAACACAGACAGAGGUGCAGCAGGGGCAGCAGCAGUUCAGCCAGUUCACAGAUGGACAGCAGCUGUACCAGAUCCAGCAGGUGACAAUGCCAGCGGGCCAGGACAUCGCCCAGCCCAUGUUCAUCCAGUCCAGCAACCAGAGCUCGGACAGCCAGGCCACGCAGGUGACAGGGGACUGAGCUCAGCUGUCCCCAAAUGCCACCCCGAGCACCUCGGCCACACCCACGUGGGCCGAGGAGCACACCUGAGGGCGAGCCUGCACAGG